GGAAACCCCUGCAGAAGCAAUCGUUCUUUUGCAUUUGACGUUGAACCUCUGCGGUGGAAGUGUAUACAGAUGAUCCGUGUGUUUAUAUGAAUACAAACAGUGCAGAGUGCUUUUCCUCAAUCAGAAGCAAUCGCUCUUUUGAAAUUCCAUACUUGAACCCUUGUUCGCCCCAUCUUCCGAAUCUCAAAUCGCAUUUCUUACGAAUCGUUACAAUUUCAUUUCAGUUUCUGAAGUUUUUUUCAGGUAAUUUUUUUUGUAUUCCCUUGAAUGGAGCAGGAGAGACCAAGUAGUUCCUCGGCAGUUGCUCGACGAGGCUGGAGAAAAGCUCUGUACCAGUUUACUCAACAAGAUCUCCCAGCCUGUAAACCUGUUCUAACACCAAAAUGGGUCAUUUCAACAUUUUUCAUCACAGGAAUUAUCUUUAUUCCCAUGGGGUUUCUCUUUCUUCACGCUUCACGGAGUGUUGUUGAGAUAGUGGACAGAUAUGAUACUGAGUGUAUACCUGUACCAUUUAGAAAUACUAAAGCAGCAUAUAUCGUAGAUGACUCAGUUCCCAAAAAUUGUACCCGGUACUUAAAGGUGCCUAAGCACAUGAAGGCUCCAAUUUACAUUUAUUAUCAGCUUGAUAACUACUACCAAAACCACAGAAGGUAUGUAAAAAGCAGAAGUGAUCAACAGCUGUUACAUGGAUUGAGAUAUAACACUACAGGCUCUUGCAAACCUGAGGACACAAAUAAUGGUCUACCAAUUGUUCCUUGUGGUCUGAUUGCAUGGAGCUUGUUUAAUGACACAUAUAACUUUUCCCGUGGGGUUGAUGAAUUAAAAGUUAACAGAAAGAACAUUGCAUGGAGGAGUGACCGUGAUCACAAAUUUGGGAAGCAUGUGUAUCCAUUUAACUUUCAGAAUGGGUCUUUAAUUGGUGGUGCGAAGUUAGAUCCCAGCAUUCCUCUAAGUGAUCAGGAGGAUCUUAUUGUAUGGAUGAGAACUGCUGCCCUCCCGACCUUCCGAAAGUUAUAUGGAAGGAUUGAAGAAGAUUUAGAUGCAGGUGAUGUAAUAGUUGUGAAGCUUGUGAACAACUAUAAUACUUACAGUUUUGGUGGACGGAAGAAACUUGUUCUUUCAACAUCUAACUGGUUGGGAGGCCAGAAUAACUUCCUUGGGAUGGCCUAUAUUUGUGUUGGCACUUCAUUUAUCUUCGUCGCAUGUGUUUUUAUACUGCUUCAUCUGAAAAUUUCAAGGUAAUGUUAAAUAGAUGCUGAUCUAGCUUCUAUCAGAAGUUUUAGUUGUUAAAUACUUCACAAAUCAUUUCUAUUGUUUCAUAUAAGCAUCUUCUGAUUCUUUUCGACUUCCAUCUAAACUGAAAGAUAAAGGGCACUUUGUCAGUUUGUCAUUUAUACAGAUAUUUGUCAUAUGGAAAGAUAAUUGGAUCUUAUGAAGUUUAAGACGUAAA